AUGGGUUCGAGUAAUCCUAGUGGAGGGAAGAAGGUGAAGUUUCAACACUCUAAAUGCAAGUGUGGAAGUUAUGCAAUCAUGCAAGGAUCUGCAACUGCCAAAAAUCCAGACAGGAUCUUCCUCGGUUGUUGUCAUUAUCGUACAGAACGACCUCACUGCAAUUACUUCAUGUGGCUGGAUGAGUUGAUUUUUUGUCAUUUUGCAUAUGAGGAAGACAUUGAUGUAAAUGAAAGAAUGUUGAUGCUAGAGAACAAGUUUGGGCAAUUGGAGCACAAUGUGGGUUUGGCAAUUGAAGGAAAUUCAAAGAAAUGGAGUAUUGGGUUUAGGGUCUAUGUCAUGGUAGCCAUGUUGAUUGUAUUAGCAGUAGUGAAAUACGUUGUACUCUAG